AUGGAAGUUAUAGGUGAGGGAUGUAAAGUGAUUGUUUUAAGAAAAACUGAUUUAGAAGAAGAAAAAACAAAAAUACACAUUGAUAAUUUAAAAAAUUUAUAUAAAGAAUUAGAUAUUGUUAGCUAUGAUACUUCUUUUAAAAAUAUUAUUUUCUUUUAUAUAUAUUUUCAUUUAUUUAAACAUAUACAUUUUUAUAGUUACAUUUUUAUAAAAAAUUCUGUCAUAAAAAUUGUUAAAAAAAAUGAAAUAAAAAAUUUUAAUAUAGCUUUACAACACAACUGGGUGAAAAAAUUAAGUUAUAAUAAAUCAAAAAUAUUUGACAAUAGAUUUUUCGCUUAUAAUAAUUUUGUUGUUUUUUAUCCACAUUUUACGAAAAUUAUAAGAAAAACAAUUGAUUUGUACCAUGAUGAGAAAAAAAAAACUUUAAAAAAAAUACUGAUAAAUAAAAAAAACUCAGAUAGUAUAAUUGAAAAAAAAUUCAGUAAAAUAAAAAAUAUUCCUAAUUAUAUUACAUCAGUAAAAAACAUUUUUAAUUUAAAGAAGGAUAUAUUAAACUAUUUUAAAAAACUAAGUAAUAAUAUUCUUCAGUUUUUAAUAAUAUUUUAUACUAGAAAACUAACAAAAAUAGCUAAUAAAAAAAAGAAAAAUAAGUAUAUGUUUAAAGAAAUUUAUAAUUCUCAUGAUUUUAUUUAUAAUAGUAAUUCUAAAAAAAAUGAUUUUGGUUAUUUAGAAGAAAAUUUAUUCUCCACUCCAUCAUAUAUUUUAGGAAAUGAGAAAAAUAAUAAAAUGAACACUAUAUUGAAUAAGAAGAAUAGAAAUAAAAAUGAAAAAUAUGUAAAUGAUAAAAUACAAAAUAAAACAAAGAAGAAUAUUAUUAACCAUAACAAUGAGCAUAAUGACAUAUUAAAUUCAUCAAAGAAAGAUAUAAAAGGAAUAUACAAAAUAGAUAAAAUUUAUAAUAGUAAUGUUUUUAAUAAUAAUGAUGAAAAGAAAAUAGAAAAAUUGGAUGAUAUGUAUAUAAGUAUUGAACUCAAAUUAAAAUGUGGUAUCUCUGAUUAUAAAAAUAUGUUUGACAGGUAUAAUAUACAGCAACUAAUUAAAAAAAAAAAUGAAAAUAUAAAAUAUCCAUCUUUAUAUAUACCUAGUAACUUUUUUAAUCUUCAUUACUUGGAUAUUUUUACUAAUUUAAAUUAUAUUUUUUUAUUUAAAAGUAAUAAUAUAAAUUUUUAUAUAAAUAAUAAAAAAUAUGAAAAUACUUCCCCUUAUUUUUUUAAUUAUUUAAGUAAUAUUUUUUUUAAUAAUUCCACACAUUUACUCAUAAGUGAAUCGCAUGAUUUUUAUUUCAAUUAUUUAAAUGAAUAUAAAAAUACAAGAAGUUUUUUAUUCUAUACUUCAGAUAAACAAAACAAGAAAACUUGUAAAAAAAAUAAGAUAAAACAUUUCAGAAAUAAAUUAAAUCAUUCAAAAAGUAUAAAUAAUUAUUUAGAUUUUAGAAAGAAUGUUUUUAUUAAUGAAGACUUUAUUUUACACAAAAAUAAAAUCAAAGAAAAUUAUGAAUAUUCACAUAAUUGUCAAAUAAAGAAAUAUAAUAAAAAAGGAUUUAAUUUUAAAGAAAUAUCGAGAUCUUCCUAUGAAAGUUGUAUAUUUAGCAAUUAUUUUUACAUAAAAUAUAUUUUAUGUAGAUCUUUUGAUAAUAAUAUGAAAGUAUUAUACUCAAGAGAAAAAGAACAUUACAAUAUUUUUUCGAAUAAAUUGUUAUAUUUUUUGUGUUAUAAAAAUAUUUAUAAUAAUAUAAUGAGAUAUUAUAAAAAAUGGUUUUACUUAAAUGAGAAGAAAUGUUAUGUAAUAAAUGAACAUAACUUAAAAGAUAAAUUGAAUAUUACUUCUCAAAAAGAAAAUAUAAAUAAAAAUAAUAAAUUGGAGAAUUAUGAAUGUUAUGAAAUGAAUAAAGAAAAGAUAUAUAAUUUUAACUCAUCAAAUUUAUUUAAUAAGUCUUCUUUUUUUUUUAUACACAUAUUUAAUUUGUUUUUUAUAAAAAAGAAACAUCUUAACAGAAAAUAUAACACAUUUUACAUAAAUGAGAAUAGUAACAUAAGAAUAUUUAAAAAAAAAUGUAUGGAAGUAAAAAAAUAUUAUAAUCAAUUUUAUAAUGUAUAUAAAAAAGUAAGUGAAAAGUUUAAAAAGAAAAUUUCUAUAUUAUCAAAGAGCGAGAUAGAGUUGAAAAAAAAAAUAUAUAAAAAAAUUAAAGGUAAAGCAAAAAAAAACUUUUUAUAUAAAAUAAAUAAAAAAUUAUAUUAUUUAUAUAAUAAAAAAUUCAAUAAAAAGUAUUUUUUUAAUUUUCUUAUAAUAUACAAAUUAAAUAUAAUAAAAAAAUAUAUUAAUAGUGUUGUAUAUUCUCUAAUUAAUAUAAUGAAAAAAGUAAAAAUUAUACUCCUAAAGAAAAUAUAUAAGAAUAUUUGUGAAAACGUAAUUUGCUUUUUUAAUAGAUUAAAUAAAUUUUUUAUUAAAAAGAUGGAAGCUAAAUAUAAAAUAAGUGAAAAUAAGGAAAUAUUAGAAAAUAAAGAUUUCAUUAAAAAUGUUCAUUACAGAAGUUUAAAAAUUGAAAAAAAUCCUUAUGAAAUAAGCAAAAAUAAUGAAAUUUUAUUAAUUUUAUCAACUAUUGUUAGAAAGGAAAGAUAUCUAUUUUAUAAGUUAUUAUAUUUUCAAUGCUUUAACGCAGGACAAGUUCAAUUAAUUUAUUGUAUGAUGAAUUUCAUCAAAAUAUUCGAAAAAAUGUUCGAUUUGAAUAUGAGUGAGGAAUUUUUUAAUAAUUUCGAAUACUAUAAUAAAAGUCUAAAUAAUAUUUUUAAUAUAAACACAAAUUAUUACAUUAAGAAAAACAAAUAUUUGCUACAUGUGAUUAAUACAAAGAAAAUUAAAAGGUUGGCAGAUUAUAUUUUUAAUUCAAAAAAAAAAAAAAGGGAAAAUAUAAAAUAUAGCUCAUUUAUUUAUUUACAAAAUUCUCAUUUUAUUUUAGGAAAUGAAAUUUUAAUAGAUGCAAUGAAUAUAUUUAAUAAAGUUACUAAUUAUAAAUUCAAUGAUUUAAGAAUAGAAAUGAAAAAAAAUACAAGAAAAUUAUAUAUGGAAUUAUGUAAGCAAAAAGUUUAUAAAAAAAAAGAAUAUUAUUUUAGGUAUAAUCAUAAAAAAAAAAAAUAUAAAAAACAAGUCCGAAAAAUUUUAAGUAAUGAAUCGUUAAUAACUAUUGACCAUUUUCAAUAUUUAACAAAUAAGUCAUUUGUUGAUAUUUUCAAUAGUGUGAAUUAUUCCAAAGGAACAAGAAUAAAUAAAAAAGUUUUAUAUAUUUAUAAAAGUAUGAUAUAUUUUAUUUGUCGUUUUUUAAUAAGCAAAACAUUUUGUGAUCAUAGCACAAUAUUUAAUAUAUAUUCCAAAGGUGAUAACUUGUAUGAUCAAAACACUUCAAUAUUUUUAAGAAAUAAUCGUUUUAAAUUAUUAAUUUUAAAUAAAACUAACAAUAAUGUUACUAUCAAAAAAAAUUACAAUACUAAGAAAUUUAAUUGCCAAAAUGAAAAUCAAUAUAAAAAUGCUUCAGAAAAAAUGAAAAAAAAAUACAUAACAAAAAAUACAUUUUAUACACAUUUCCAUCCAUCUUUUAAAACUCAUUUAAAAAGAAGGAAAUUAAGAUAUAAUAGUAAAAUUAAUAAGAAACUUCAAAAAAUUUUAAUAAAUAAAUAUAUAAAGGAAAAAAAUAAACAAAUAUUUUAUCGUAUAAGUUUAAUUGAUUUAUCUAUUAAAUCAAUAAAUAAAAUAGACUACUGGACAAAACAAAUGGGUGAUAUUAUAUCUACCCAUAAAAAAUUUUGUUUCAAUUAA